GCCUACUUAUCAGGUUCAUCACCGUCUUUGUUUGUCGCUGAUCUAUCUAUACCUCAAAGGGACGAUUUUUGAGCUCUGUCGCUCACAGUAGCGAUACAUACAUACGAACUCUCCAAUUUUCCAGCUCCAAUGUCAAAGAGGAGCUAAAGCGCUAGUCUUUGGUCAGUUUGGUGGUUCUAGAGUCUUCAGACCAUCUGUCACUUGGGUUCCAAACCCUGUCCCUAGACGAAGACUCCCGAAACUUUCUUCUCCGCCUUCACCAGCAUCAAUGGCUAGAGCGAGUGGGGUUUCUACAAUAUCCAAUGGAGGAGACGGCGUGAUUCGCUUCCCGCUGUCUCCUUCCAGCUCGCUCGUUAUCCAGAAGGGGGACAUCACCCGGUGGUUCGUCGAUGGCUCCACCGAUGCCAUAGUUAAUCCAGCAAAUGAGCGAAUGCUUGGAGGUGGUGGUGCAGAUGGAGCUAUACAUAGGGCUGCUGGGCCAGACCUCCUACAAGCCUGUUAUAAUGUUCCAGAAGUCAGGCCUGGAGUUCGUUGCCCCACAGGGGAAGCAAGGAUUACGCCAGGUUUUAACUUGCCUGCAUCUCAUGUAAUUCACACUGUCGGGCCCAUCUACAAUGCUGAUAGCAACCCUCAAGCCUCUCUGAGAAGUGCAUAUAGGAAUUGCUUGAUUGUUGCCAAAGACAAUAACAUUCAAUAUAUUGCAUUUACUGCCAUAUCUUGUGGCGUGUAUGGAUAUCCUUAUGAUGAAGCCGCGACGAUAGCUAUAUCUACAGUUAAAGAGUUCCGAACUGACUUCAAAGAGGUGCACUUUGUUCUGUUCUUGCCAGAUCUUUACAAUGAGUGGUUGAACAAGGCAAAUGAAGUAUUGAAAGAUUAGUCUGUUCUACCAGCUAGCUAUGGGAAAAUUAAGUGUACUUGCCUAUCAUAUCUAUAUGCGCAACUGCUCUAAUUUGAAGUUGAUGGUGGCCUGUGUGUGGAACUAUUAUAGACAAAACUUAAAAAUCUUUGAUUACAAAAUUUAAGUGUUAUUACUUUAGAUAAGGUGACCUUUCUUUGGAAAAUAUGGAUUAUGCUGGUGCUUCAUGCUUGACUGCUUGCUAUUCUGUUUUGUAUCAUUUGUCCUGUCCCUGUAAAUGAAACAUGCUUGAAUGCUAGUUGAACUUCCAUGUCCAUAA